UCGCUCAACUGUAAUGCGUGCACUGAACACACGGGCUGUUGAAUUGUUGCAAUUGCACUACUACAUUAUUGCACCCCCUUUUAAGUUGACUCGUACUAGUCAUGCUGCAUCCUUUCAUUUGUAUUGAAUGUAUAUGGGACUGUAUGUUGGUAUGGAAAUGUUAAUGUUUAUGACUGUGCUGGAGUGAAAUUGUUUUAAUUGUCAUCCAGAGUGGGGGUAGUGUUAUGAGAGUAGAGUAUGUGUGUGUGUGGCAGCGGGCGAGUGACGUCAGUAAGUGAGUGGGCGAGCGAAGAGAGAGAGGGGUCGCUGAGGGCGGGGGAGUGGCUAGUGUUUGUGUGUGUGGGAUGUUGACGGUGAAGUGAGACCAAAAUAAAGAAGCCACGAGUUUGCAACUACAAACUGGACUCGUCAUUAUCCUCAUAGAGUCCGGAACUGUGAAGACCCACUGCCGGGUAAAGUAAAGGGUGUUGCCCCGAGAAUAAUCGGCCCUGGAGAAGUAUCUCCCCUGUGCUCCUUGACUACGGUCUAGGCGCCGGAAGCAGGAAAGGUGCAACAUUGGCGACCACGAAGGGACCCAUCUCACGUAAAUGGAACGGCAGUGGUGAGCAAAGGACGAUUAAAUAAACUGCAGAGAAGAAUAAGCCAAGAAGCUAAUUGAUUGCCUGCGUAAACUAGCCAAGAUGGCGGAUGCUAGAAGUCGAAGCUCGCAUUCAAAAUCCAACCCGUUUGUGACGAUGAACGACUGUGAUGUGGAAGGGAAAACAGAUUAUGUGAGCGAAGAAAAUGCAAGUUGUUAUGGCAUUUCUAGCCUGUCAUAUUGUGCAGAGGAACCUGCUGGAGUGAAGAAUGCAGCGGCCGAGGUGCCACGUGAGCUCAUUCGACCCAAGUUCUCAAGCACAAACCCUUUCAUUAAGUCCGGGAGGACAGUGGCUGUCAUCAACACGACAUGGCUGAUAUUAAAAGUAACUCACGUUUUCACAAACACCAACCAGACAACUUUAUUACAUCACCUGCUGAUUUUGCAACGCCACAUUCAAAUCCCUUUUCCUGGGCGCACCAGGAGAGUUAUAUCCACAGCACUCCCCAGACAUGUGGCCCCCCAGCCCCCACUUGCUUGUGCCCGCACACAACAGGCCAUUCUCCACCUAAAUACAUCAAUUAUGGACAUUUACCAAAGCCGGGGCACAGUCAGUGUCAAACUAAUGGGCUCUCUUUGCAAAAGUGAGCAGCCAAGAUCACUAGGAGCCAAGCCAUUUUUUGCUCUACAUCCGCCUUCCUCAGAGAGUGAGGACGACUAUGAUCCCAGGGAGAGAGUCCCCACCUUGAGACCCGGCCAGUAUGAUGGCACCACACCCUGGAAGGAGUUCCUGCACCGGUUUGAGAGUUGUGCUGAAGCUAACUACUGGUCCGAAAAGACAAUGGCUGUUCAGCUGAAGUUCUGCCUGGUGGGUGCAGCUGGGGCCAUCAUCCACAGAAACCCCAGAUCAGCCCAGUGGGGCUACUGCCGCCUGGUGGAGGAGAUGGAAACUGCAUAUGGUCCCUCUUCACAGCAUGCAGCUGCUGUGGCUAUUGAAUUAAGGCGACGUACCCGCAAACGGGGUGAAGCUCUUCAUGUUUUGAGAGAUGACAUCUAUGAGGGGGUGUCAGUAGCCUAUAGCAACAGGACUGAUGCUGAGCAGGAUGCUAUCGGAGUUGAAGUGUUCAUUAAUGCUUUGGGGGAUGUGGACACUGUACAGAAGCUCUUGGAGCAGCACCCCCAGACACUAGCUCAAGCAUUUGACAUUGCCCGUCGUUAUGAAACCACAAAGCGAGCAGCAUCAUAUGUGGCUGGCCUCAUGCACCCUGGAGCCCGUGACAUACCUGAACGCAGACCCCGUGCUGCCCUAAUAAGAGAGGGCACGGAAGAGGAGGAAUUAGAGCCUGCGACAGCCCCCCCAUCAGCUAGCUGUAAACAUGAGUCCCCCAGCUACAGUCACACACAAUAUAAAGGGAGGAGCUAUAAAGACACUAAAUGGGAUGAGGUGCGGUGUCACAACUGUUCAGGCUUGGGUCACAUGAAAAGAAAUUGCCCCUCACCAAGAAAAACAGCCAGAGCUCAAGUUUCGGCCAUGUUCCCGCAAAGCCCAAAGUCUACUAUACUUCACCUUAAAGCACAAUGUCAUGAAAUGAGCAUUCACAUGGUUGUGUAUGGGCUAGAAGUGUGUGCUGUUUUGGACAGUGGAUCACGGAAAAGUGUUUUUCCUCUGCAUCAUUAUGACGCUAUUCAUCUGGAUGUCCGUCCUCCACUUCAGUCAUCUGCUGUGGAGACCCUGAUCGGUGUUGGGCCUGGCGAUAUACCUGUGCUCGGUGAAGCUCACAUACCUGUCCUGAUCAACAACCGUCAGGUGAGCAUCUGCUUCCUGGUUGCUGAUAUAGCUGGGGACGAGGCCCUCCUGGGCCACCCAUUCCUGACCCAAGCUCAGGCCCGUCUCGACUUUGGAAAUUAUCGGAUCGUACUUUUCGGGGAAGAGGUACCUUAUUUUGACUCCACAAAUAAACCAAAGGCCCACGCAGUGAGAGUGGCCCGGACUGUGGUGCUGGAGGCUGGGCAGGAGUAUGUGGUAAAAGGUAAUAUCCACGUUAAGGCUUCCAUUAAAGGAGAAUUAAUGCUGAGCCCCACUAAAGGCUUCGUUGAAAAGCACAGACUAUUAGUGGCCCGAAUCCUAGUGGACGUUCACCCCCAUAAAACCAUGCCCCUUCGCAUCUUCAAUCCCGGCAGCAGUGCCGUAACUAUCAGAAAGGGGGCCAUGGUGGGGUUCCUCCAACCAGCCAAGGUUCUUCAGCCUGCAAACGCUGUGAACUACAAACAGCCUGAACAGGCUGCCAACAACCCUCCCUCUGUUCCCCAGCACCUACAAGAUCUCUAUGCUGAGAGUGCUACUGAACUUAACAAAGAGGAGCAACUGCAACUAGCGCAGCUGCUGUGUACUUAUAGCAACGUGUUCUCCACCGGAUCCUCUGACCUCGGCAGGACCACCCUGGUUCAACAUGACAUUGUAACGUUGCCAGGCGUCCCAGUCAAACAACCACCACGCCGAAUGGCAUCAGAGAAGCAACAGGACGCUGACCAACAGAUACAACAGAGCCUGGAGGCAGGAUUAGCGCGGCGCAGCAACAGCAGCUGGGCUUCGCCCAUAGUGAUGGUACGUAAAAAAGAUGGAACGUACCGUCUGUGUAUAGACUAUAGAGCACUUAAUGACUGCACGAUUAAGGACGCAUAUCCUCUUCCCCGCAUACAGGACACGCUGGACACCCUCUCUGCUGCAAAGUGGUUCAGCACACUGGACCUUGCAGCCGGCUACUGGCAAGUUGAACUGACCCCGAGAGCACGCAAAGCAGCAGCCUUCUGUACCAAAAAUGGACUGUUUGAAUGGAAUGUCAUGCCAUUUGGACUGUACAAUGCUCCAGCGACGUUUCAGCGCUUGAUGGACCGUGUGCUGGCUGGCAUGCAAUGGGAGACCUGCCUUGUAUAUCUGGAUGACGUCAUUUUUCUGGGGAACAAUGUGCCACAGAUGUUGCAGCGGCUGGGGCAGGUUUUCAGUCGCCUUCAAAAGGCUAAAUUGAAACUAAAACCGUCAAAAUGCUGCCUCUUCCGCCGCCAAGUGGCCUACCUGGGUCACGUUGUCUCAGAGAACGGUGUGGCUACUGACCCAGGCAAAGUCCGGAAGGUGCAGGAGUGGCCAACACCAUCGUCGCUCAAAGACGUCCGCCGUUUUGUUGGCCUCGCGUCUUACUAUCGGAGGUUUAUUAAAAACUUUGCCUGUAUUGCAGAACCUCUCCAUGCCCUGACAAAGAAACAUGUCCAGUUUCAUUGGUCUGAGGAAUGCCAGUUGGCAUUUGAUGAUCUCAAAAGUCGGCUAAUAACAGCGCCGAUCCUAGGGUAUCCGCUUGACAAGGGCGACAUGAUACUGGAUACAGACGCCAGCGACGUUGGCAUCGGCGCUGUCCUCUCGCAAGUUCAACAAGGUGUGGAACGUGUGCUCGCCUAUGGGAGCCGUAAGCUGUCCAAAACUGAACAAAAUUACUGCACUACCCGGAGGGAACUGCUAGCCGUGGUGGAUUUCACAUCCCACUUCCGCCAGUAUCUCUUGGGGAGGCGUUUCACUGUUCGCACCGACCACAGUAGCCUCCGAUGGCUCACACGAAUGAAGGAACCUGAGGGGCAACUCGCCAGGUGGCUCGAAAGGCUCGGCGAGUACAACUUUGAGAUCGUCCAUCGCCCUGGCCAGCUUCACGGCAACGCAGACAGCCUCUCCCGGAGACCGUGCCGUCAGUCCUGCCCUUGUAAGCUCCAGAACCCUUCUAUUCCUCAGUUGAGCGUCAGUCACCAGGCUGUGCAGUGCGAUUUGUACUCUGACAUCAACCAGGCGAUGCUGAGUCCAGUGGGGGUAGACAAGGCCCUGUCUGCUGACUCGGAUAACUUAAAGCCCCCAGAGAAAAUAUUCCUGACCACGACAAAAGAAAAGAAACUGUUUGGCGGUUGGUCCCUGGAGGAGCUGCGACAAGCCCAGGAAGGUGAUGCAGAUAUCGCACCUAUCAGGACUUGGCUGACAACCAGUGAAGAACGUCCUGCAUGGGUGACAGUCUCACCAUGCAGCCCAGCCACAAAAACGUAUUGGAGCCAGUGGAAACGCCUCUACGUCAAAGAUGGUAUACUAGUGAGACGGUUCUACUGCCUGGACGACACCCAAUUCUAUCCACAAGUGGUGCUGCCCCGCGUUUUCCGUGCCGACAUCAUGAGACAGAUGCAUGACGGACAGGUUGGUGGACUCUUCGGGGUUGAGCGCACUGUAGCACGGCUGCAGACUCGGUACUUCUGGUACAGAAUGCGAGAGGAUGUCGCUCUGUGGUGUAAUACCUGCACCAGCUGCGCAUCAAAAGCUAGGCCACGGAAGACACCACAAGCCCCCAUGGGUACCGUUCGAGUCGGAGCCCCUAUGGAACGCAUUGCUUUGGAUGUUAUGGGACAGUUGAAUGAAACUGAGCGCAAAAACAGAUAUGUAUUAGUGAUUCAGGACUAUUUUACAAAAUGGGUCGAAGCUAUUCCCAUUCCUAAUGAACAAGCCGUAACUGUGGCUGAAGUGCUUGCCUCUGAGUGGGUGUGUCGCUAUGGAGCCCCACAGACACUGCACAGUGAUAAGGGUAGAAACUUCGAGUCGGAGGUGUUCCAAGAAAUGUGCGCGCUUUUUGGAAUCGACAAAACACACACAACUCCUUUUCGUCCUCAAUCUGACGGACAAGUUGAAAGGUUCAACGCUACUCUACAAAAGAUCCUGGCCACGACAGCCGAGCGUUGCCACUGGGACUGGGAUUUAAUGAUUCCCUACGCUGUCAUGGCAUACAGGGCAACAAAGCACAGUUCAACUGGUUUCACUCCAAACUACAUGAUGUUUGGCCGUGAAUUGAGUGAGCCAGUGGACCUAGUAUCCGGCCUGCCACCGGACCCUGAACUAGCUCCCUCGGGGCCGGUUUUUGUCCAAGACCUUCGAGAGCGACUGGAGCUGGCACACCAAAUCACCAGAGAUGCUCUCGGAGAAUCUGUAAAACGUGCAAAGAGACAAUAUGACAAGAACUGUUACCGCACACAUUAUAACAUUGGUGAUGCUGUGUGGUACCUCAUCAAAGGAACAAGGCCAUCCAGGAACAAAGUGAGGAAGUUCCUCCCUUCUUACGAAGGGCCAUUCUUCGUGUUGGGUCAGUUGCACGACCUGGUCUAUCGAAUUCAGAAAGGGCCAAGAACGAAGGUAAAGGUGGUUCACCACGAUCAGCUAAAGCCUUAUCGCUGCCGUGACCCACUGGACAACACCUGGGUCCUGGAACAAGCGCCGAAAUGGAUACCAAUGGAGGUGUCACCCCCAGACGAUAUCGAUCUUGCUGACUCUUUACUGGGUCUGCCUCAGCUGUUUUCUAGAGCCGAAGCUGAUGACAGCUGCAGCUACCCAACAUCGGAUCCAGCCGUGGGUAUUUCCGUGGCUUCUCACCCUUCCACCACUCAGCUUGGCUCUCCUGUUCCGGUGGACUUAGAGGACAGUGGGGGUGGUGUAGCAGUGCCACAUCCUCAGAGCCCUCGUUCUCAAAGGCCCCGCCGUAGGCGUAGAUCACCAGCAAAGUUUGGUGAAUGGGUAGCUCACUGAGUGCCGAUUUCAUGCAACUAAAAAAAAAAAAAGGGUUUUUUUUGUAUAUCUAGUUUUUUUUUACUGUAUAACCUGUUCAAGCUAAUAUUAUUUUUCUAUACAUAAAAAAAAAAAAAAGGGCAAACUGAAAAUGGUUGGUGUAUUUUUCUGUGAAUAUUGGGAGUUAUAACAGGGGACUCAGUUACUGUUACACUUAAAAAUGCUAAUUGCUUCUCCUCCCAAAUUGUAGCUAAGUAUUGGACAUACUAAUGUUUUUUUUAGGGCUGUUUCGCUCAACUGUAAUGCGUGCACUGAACACACGGGCUGUUGAAUUGUUGCAAUUGCACUACUACAUUAUUGCACCCCCUUUUAAGUUGACUCGUACUAGUCAUGCUGCAUCCUUUCAUUUGUAUUGAAUGUAUAUGGGACUGUAUGUUGGUAUGGAAAUGUUAAUGUUUAUGACUGUGCUGGAGUGAAAUUGUUUUAAUUGUCAUCCAGAGUGGGGGUAGUGUUAUGAGAGUAGAGUAUGUGUUUGUGUGUGGCAGCGGGCGAGUGACGUCAGUAAGUGAGUGGGCGAGCGAAGAGAGAGAGCGGUCGCUGAGGGCGGGGGAGUGGCUAGUGUUUGUGUGUGUGGGAUGUUGACGGUGAAGUGAGACCAAAAUAAAGAAGCCACGAGUUUGCAACUAAAAACUGGACUGGUCAUUAUCCUCAUAGAGUCCGGAACUGUGAAGACCCACUGCCGGGUAAAGUAAAGGGUGUUGCCCCGAGAAUAAUCGGCCCUGGAGAAGUAUCUCC